CGGGCCGGAGCAGCAGUGGUGAAUAAGCGACGUCAAUACUAGCCAGUGAUCCGCGCGUUUGAAAUUUGUUCCUGACAUGUGAAUUUCCGUCCAUCUUCCACUAUUAAUUUUGAAUCGUCCUCCCGUAUUUUCUUCUUUUUGUCAGUGCUUAGUGUCUUAGUGAUGAAAAUGACUGCCUUGGACCAUCUGUCACCGCCACACAGACAGGUGAAGGAUGUGUGUGUUGGUGGGGAGACACCUGGCCGGCUCACCUCAGCGCCUCGUGCCUCAAGGAAAGGGACCAGGGAGGAUGGCAACCUAGAGCCCGUUGGUCAACGCUGCUGGCGGUGGUGGUGGUGGUGGUGAUGGUGGUGAUGGUGGUGGGAGAGGAAGGUGCCUUCUACCACGUCAAAUCUCCCAGUUCUUCCUUCCCUCCUGAGUUAUGGGACGCCACAGAGCAGUGCAGCCUUGGUAGGGAGGUGUCCUUGGGCAGCGACAGUGGGCGGAUGGUGAUGACGGUGGUGGUGGUGGGCGGGCUGGGUGCAGGGGCGGCUCGGAGGUCCUGCCACGCCCACGGAGCCUCGCCUUUCUUCCUCAACACCCAGGAGGACGCCGAUAUCCUGCGUAGGACUCUGAAAGAUUGCGUGAAGAGUGACAAGUUGGGCAGUGUGUGGGUGCCCGUCCGCCGCCACACGAGCCACAAGGGAGUGAACCGUCCAGCCGCGGGCUCCGGAGCUCCAGCGCACGGCAACCUGGAAUAUGACUGGAUGAGCGCGCAGUACAACAGGGGUUCUGACACCAUCAGCCUGUUCCCCUUCCCGCCCAGGAACAUCCGACGCAGGGGAAUUAUUUGCGAGGGGAAAGGAAACGCGUAGAGAUGUGGAAGGGUGGAGGUAAUGUUUGUUUGGUGCGGCCUCUCCCUUCUUUGUGUGUGUGUGUGUGUGUGUGUCUGUGUGUGUGUGUGUCUGUGUGUGUGUGUGUGAAGGCAAGGCCGCCGCAUGACCCUGAGGUGCUGCUCCGUUCAUUGUGUUUGUUUACCCUUUGACUCCAAGCUCGACCUCGGUGCUACUUGUUCUAGAAUGAACUCUUUUUGUGGCCACACGCCCCUCGCCGCCGCCGCCACGCCGCCUGGAUGCCGACCUUUGAAAUGAGAGGCGGCGUGGCGGCGGCGCGCGUGGCAUGCAGGCGCCGUGUGUGUGCCGUGCUGCAGGUUCCUGUGUUGCGGGCUGAGUGUGUGGCUGCGUGCAGUGUGCGUCAAUUUCAGUGUGUUGCAUUGCCGUCUUAUCCAAGCUGCCCUGGACUCUGAGGCAUGGAGGCGGCGUGUCGGCAAGCAAGUCACCGUGAGAUGCGUGUGGGUGUGUGGGUGUGGAUGUCGCGGGAGGCUGGGAGCGCCCCGUUGCUAGGGUGGGCAGGUGCAGCAAGAAGCGGUGGCACUCACUCCCCCGCUCUCUCUGAAGCCACUGUUUUCCCUUCCCCGCCUCGCUCCGAGCCGCUCUAGCCCCUCCCUUCCUCAGCCCGGCCAGGAUUUGUUGUUACUCGCAAGUCUAAUAAAGCUGUUAUUGGAG